GCCCCCCAGCUCUCCGCCCCCUCCUCCGGUGCUGGCGCCGGCUUGCCUCCCAGGUCCUGGCGGUUUCGGUGCCCCAAGCCGGGAGCGCGGAGUCGUUCCCGGAGCGGCGGCCAGGCUAUGAUCGCGGGUCCCCGGCGUCCCGCUCCGGUCACUCAGAGUCCCUGUCUCCGCUUGUGCCCGUACCCGAGCGGUCUCCUCAGCCCGGCCCCGCGGCGCGGUUGUCGGCGGCGCCCCCGGCGCGCCCCCUCUUCCCGAUGGCGGCGGAGAUCCAGCCCAAGCCGCUGACCCGCAAGCCCAUCCUGCUGCAGCGGGUCGAGGGGUCCCAGGAGGUGGUGAAUAUGGCCGUGAUCGUGCCCAAGGAGGAGGGCGUCAUCAGCGUCUCGGAGGACAGGACUGUUCGUGUAUGGCUAAAGAGAGACAGUGGACAGUAUUGGCCAAGCAUAUAUCAAGUGAUGCCUGCUCCAUGUUCAUGCAUGUCUUUUAACCCGGAAACAAGAAGACUGUCCAUAGGUCUAGACAAUGGUACAAUCUCAGAGUUUAUUUUAUCAGAAGAUUAUAACAAGAUGACUCCUGUGAAAAACUAUCAAGCACAUCAGAGCAGAGUGACGAUGAUCCUGUUUGUCCUGGAGCUGGAGUGGGUGCUGAGCACGGGGCAGGACAAGCAGUUUGCCUGGCACUGCUCGGAGAGUGGGCAACGCCUGGGAGGUUACCGUACCAGUGCCGUGGCCUCGGGCCUGCAAUUUGAUGUUGAAACCCGGCAUGUGUUUAUUGGUGACCAAUCAGGCCAAGUAACCAUCCUCAAACUGGAGCAAGACAACUGCACCCUGGUCACAACAUUCAGAGGACACACAGGUGGGGUGACUGCUCUCUGUUGGGACCCUGUCCAGCGAGUGUUGUUCUCUGGCAGCUCAGAUCACUCUGUCAUCAUGUGGGACAUCGGUGGGAGAAAAGGAACGGCCAUCGAGCUCCAAGGACACAAUGACAAAGUCCAGGCCCUUUCCUAUGCGCAGCACACACGGCAGCUCAUCUCCUGUGGUGGUGAUGGUGGGAUCGUGGUCUGGAACAUGGACGUGGAGCGGCAGGAGACCCCUGAAUGGUUGGACAGCGAUUCCUGCCAAAAGUGUGAUCAGCCUUUCUUCUGGAACUUUAAGCAGAUGUGGGACAGUAAGAAGAUUGGCCUAAGACAGCACCACUGCCGCAAGUGUGGGAAGGCCGUCUGCGGCAAGUGCAGCUCCAAGCGCUCCUCCAUCCCUCUGAUGGGCUUCGAGUUUGAAGUGAGAGUCUGUGACAGCUGCCAUGAGGCCAUCACUGACGAAGAACGCGCACCCACGGCGACCUUCCACGACAGCAAACAUAACAUCGUGCAUGUGCAUUUUGAUGCCACCAGAGGAUGGUUACUGACUUCUGGAACUGACAAGGUUAUUAAGAUGGCAGCCUUAGGUCAGUAGCAGUCACCCAUAUGGAGUACAGACCAGACACUUGUGUCACUGAUAACCGUGGUACUCUUCAUAUCUUUGUGUUGGGUACCAUUUAUUUGCCUUGCUUUUUAAAUGAGUUUUUUUCAUGUACUGUCUUUUCGCAAAAGAAAAUCUUUAUCUGAAAAGUAUAAAAACUGUUAUUAACUGGACAGUGGGGAAGGUGCUAGCCCUCCGUCCGUGCCUGCCUACCUGCUGCCGUUCCUAACCAGGGCAAUGGACCCUUCCAUGCUGCACGCCGUCCGUCUGGGGCCCCUGUAGAACCUGGCUGCAGCAGGCAUGUUACUUCAUGGAUAUCUUUUUCUUUCUUUUUGAAAUGAGAUUCCCCAAGGGGUCAGGUUGAGAAUGUCAUGAGCCCAAAGCCGGAACAGAUUUCUCAAAUGCGAUUCCAGCAGAACCCUUCCGGCCUCUCCGUGCUCUCUGCCACUGGAGACAUUGACAUUGACUUCCUGACUGAGCAGGUGGACUGAGCAAGACUGCUUACAAUGUUAAGAUGCCUGUAUCCAGUUCUACGUUCCAAUGCUGCUGAUGUUGUGAAUGUUUUUAGACUCUGCUCACAUUCUCACUGUGUUCCCUCUAACUGAAAUAUGCCUGUGGCCAUUACCAAUGUAGAAGACUCUCAAUGCAAAGUUGCCUCCACGGUUUAAAAUAAAUCUCUGUGGAAACAUU